CCACCUCUAUGAGAGAAGGAGAAGCCGGGCGAAGGAGCAGGACGCGCGGCAGCCGGACUCCUCGCCGCAAGCCCCGCGUGCCCCCUCCUCCCGCGCCCCCCGGGCGCCCGAGAAGCAAAAUGCAACAGCGGCGCUUCGGCUGAGCGAGGAAGGGGCCGGCGCCAUCCACUCGCCCGGGAUCCGGUCCCCUCGGCGGCUGCGCGUCCCGGCCGCGGCCCCCCGGGCCCGGGAGUGAGCGGCGGCGGCGGGAGGAGGAGAAGCGGCCGGCCCGGGGUUGGCCGGGCCUGGGGAGGAGGGACGGGGCGGGAGGCGGGCGCGGGGGGCGGGGAGGGAGCCCCGGCGGAUAAAGAUGGCAAUGUCUCUCAUCCGAGCGUGCCGCAGUCUGGCUCUCUCAACAUGGCUGCUUUCCUUUUGUUUCGUGCAUCUGCUCUGCCUGGACUUCACCGUGGCCGAGAAGGAGGAAUGGUACACCGCCUUCGUGAACAUCACCUACGCCGAGCCCGCGCCGGACCCCGCGGCCGGGGGGGCGGGCGGCGGCGCCGAGCUGCACACGGAGAAGACGGAGUGCGGGCGCUACGGGGAGCACUCGCCCAAGCAGGACGCCCGCGGGGAGGUGGUCAUGGCCAGCUCGGCCCACGACCGCCUGGCCUGCGACCCCAGCACCAAGUUCGCCGCCCCGACCCACGGCAAGAACUGGAUAGCGCUCAUCCCCAAGGGCAACUGCACGUACAGGGAUAAGAUCCGGAACGCGUUCCUGCAGAACGCCUCCGCCGUGGUCAUCUUCAACGUGGGCGCCAACAACAACGAGACCAUCACCAUGCCCCACGCAGGUGUGGAAGACAUCGUGGCCAUAAUGAUUCCUGAGCCGAAAGGGAGGGAGAUAGUGAGCCUGCUGGAAAGAAACAUCACCGUGACGAUGUACAUCACCAUCGGAACCCGGAACUUGCAGAAAUAUGUGAGCCGCACUUCGGUUGUGUUUGUCUCCAUCUCCUUCAUUGUCCUGAUGAUCAUUUCCCUCGCAUGGCUGGUCUUUUAUUACAUCCAGAGGUUUCGGUAUGCAAAUGCCAGGGACAGGAACCAGCGCCGACUGGGAGAUGCAGCAAAGAAAGCCAUCAGCAAGCUCCAAGUCAGGACCAUCAAGAAGGGUGACAAGGAAACAGAGCCCGAUUUUGACAACUGCGCCGUUUGUAUUGAAGGGUACAAGCCCAAUGACGUCGUCAGAAUCUUGCCCUGCCGGCAUCUUUUCCACAAGUCCUGUGUUGACCCCUGGCUUCUAGAUCAUCGCACCUGCCCCAUGUGCAAGAUGAACAUUCUUAAAGCCCUAGGGAUCCCGCCCAACGCCGACUGCAUGGACGACUUGCCCACCGACUUCGAGGGCUCUCUGGGAGGGCCCCCAACCAACCAGAUCACAGGUGCAAGCGACACGACAGUCAAUGAAAGUUCAGUCACUUUGGACCCUGCUGUCCGGACUGUGGGAGCCUUGCAGGUGGUCCAGGAUGCAGACCCCACACCCCAGGAGGGAGAAGUUAUCUUUACUACUAACAGUGAGCAGGAGCCAGCUGUAAGCAGCGAUUCUGACAUCUCAUUGAUUAUGGCAAUGGAAGUUGGACUGUCUGAUGUAGAACUUUCCACUGACCAAGACUGCGAAGAGGUGAAAUCUUGAAAUGGUGAAUAUAGAAAAAGAAAUAGUAGGACUCAAGGGGAAGGAAGGGACAAGCACGCUGAGACUUGAACCAGGCACACACACCUGCAGAGCACCUUGGCAACUCCAGGGUGCCCCAUCCAAGAAUGAUAACGAAAAGCAAUAUCCAAAGUCUUGUUAAUCAGGAUGCAGAUUCUCCAUCUCUACGACAGUCCAUGGCCUUGGCAGCUCCGAGGGUGAAAGCUGAUUCCCACGUCCUUGUAGGCACACACUUCCGAAGCUCCUAAAACAGAGAUGGAAAAGACACCUUUAGGGUUUCUCAGUUUCAUUUCAAUUUUUUCCAGGUCUUAAUUGUUCUUGUUUUUGGAAUGUUGUUUGAUUUCUUUGGCAAUUUCUUUUUGAAGACUGUGUGUAAUUUACUUU